GUAGGAUGUGUGGUAUUUACUAUUUCUAGAUAAAAUAAUGAAGAACUGAGCUUUUUAAUAUUUAUAUAUAUAUAUAUAUUAUAUUAAAAAUAGCCAGGAUUUGAAAUUUUGUAUGAUAGUGCGUUGCUGGUAUCUGUGUCAUUCACUAACAAGGGCGACAGAAACCAUGGGUUUAUCAAACUAUCAAAAAGAGUCCUUGAUGGCAUCGAAGCACUCUUGGUACGUGUUCAUGGGGAACGUUUUGGAAUGGUACGAGUUUAGUGUAUAUGGUUACCUAGCACCCGAGAUCUCUGCCAAUUUUUUCCCAAACUCCAGUACUGGAGUGUGGGUUGGACAUACGGUGACUUUUAUAGCGCGGCCGUUUGGUUCGCUCGUAUUCGGCUGGAUGGGUGACAAAUUUGGACGUAGAUUAGCCUUGCUGACAUCCAUGUUUGGAAUGAUUGUCGCCACAGUUGGAACAGGCUGCCUGCCGUCUGUCUACUGCUGUGGUGACGAGGGGGGCACCGCCGGGAUGGUGUUCCUGAUCAUCUUCCGGGUCAUGCAAGGCCUGUGCACUAGUGGCGAGGUUGGGAACAUGGCCACAUACAUAGCCGAGCAGGAGCACACUGGUGUGCUGGGCAUGCUGAACGCCAUCAUCGGCUUUGGAUCGUUCUCCGGCUUUGUCCUAUCCAGUUCCUUUGUGUGGGUGCUGCAAACCGUUCUGACCGAAGAUGAGAUGCUGCUAUGGGGCUGGCGCAUACCCUUCCUGGUGUGUAUCGUGCCGGGGUGUGUGACGCUGUUUGCCCGCAGGAACAUGCAGGAGACGGAGACCUUCAAGCAGAUGCAUGCGGUUGCCAAGCAACGCACCAAGCCAACCGAGAGUGUCGAGGGAGGUGUUGGGUCUGCAACAGAUAAGUCGGCGAAAGGCGCUAGUUUGGUUGCACUCAAGAACGAUGAGAGUAAGUCGGAUCUCCCCGGCAAGAGCACGACAGGUAUCUCCAUCGGCGGAAGCCCAAGCUCGGCUGAUCUCGAGCACGAGGCACUCAGCAGCAACCCGCUCAAAGAACUCUUCACACACAGUCCCAUGCAGACCCUGUUCGUGUUCCUGGGGAUGGCUGGGUUCUCGAAUAUGGUGUACAUUGGGUUGAUAUAUAGUACUACAUAUCUGCGGGUGUACAAGGGCGUUGAAUCCUCUACUGCCUUGGGUAUGAGCGUGGUGGGCAAGUUGCUGAUGUUGUGCAUAUGCCCGAUCUUCGGGUACAUGAGCGAUAGGCUGGGUACAGGCAAAGCCUUUGUGAUCGGUAACGUGGUGCUGCUCACAGGCACACUGUCCUGGGCUGGUAUGAUAUACGGCGACUCUCUCGCCGUGUUUUGGGCCAUGCAAGUGUUGCUUGGCCUAGGCGGUGGCUUCCUUAUCGCACCUUAUCUAUGGUGUGCAGAGGCCUUCCCAGCCCGUUUGCGUGCCACCGGGUUCGUGUCGUAUAACGUUUCCUUGACCGUGUUCGGGGGCUUUGGGCCGUUGAUCGCCUCUGAGAUUGCGGCGACUGGACAAGACUGGGGCAUUCUGGUGCUGAGUGGAGGCAUUGCGCUGAUUGCAGCCGUGUCUACGGUGGUUGCCUAUGGCAAGCAUUCGAGAGGGGAGGUUAUUAUGUCCAAUAUCCGACCAGAGAUGUACUAAUACUGGGCGCCAGGGUUUAAGAAUAUCCGCUAGCAAGUGUUGUACAUGCGUGCCAUACCCGACAUUCCCUCUAUGUACAUGUAUUGCGAUGGGGAGUGGAUGGUCACAAUAUAACAAUGUCACAGGGUUAGGGCCUGUGCAACCAUCUCACAUGAUGCGUUAGUUUUUUUAGUACCGUAUAAUAUUGACGUUCGUCAAUUAAAUAAAUAUUAGUAUAUGAAAAUGGAGUAUCAAAGCCUUCAUACAUCGAAUGACAUCAUGAAAUUAUCAUUAGAGGUUAUAGAUAUCGGAAAGGGUUCUAUUGAUUGUUUUAGGGGUUUAGGACCUUGCUAAAUACAGAUAACGGAAAGGGCCUUUAAUUUUCAGAGCACACUGUACACAGAUAUUUUGGGAAGCAAGUUUGAUUAUGAAGAAGAAUUAAUGAUUAUAAUACAUGUUCCGAAAUUGAAUACUGUGUCUGUAAAUAGAGCAUACAUACCGGACACUUGACCACAUUGCCAUGAUAAACCGAUGCAAUAUAUUCCAACCUCGGUAUCUGUAGUCUAUAGGACACUUUAUAUUUUCUUCUUCUUCUCACUUAAGAACUUCUCACAGAUGUCAGGUUUUUGGGUUGUCUCUAGGCCCC